AUGGGUGCUCGUUCAAGUCGCCAGUCCUAUCAGCAAUGGGAUUUAAAUGAAUUAUCUCGACAAACUGGCAUUCCUGUAGACCAAGUUCACCAACUCCAUCAACAAUUUAUGAAGGCAGCUGGUCGCGAUGGUCAGCUGGAUCAGAGAGAAUUCAUGAACUUCUACAGUCGUUUUCCCGGUGCUCAACAACAAGAUCCACGAUACAUGCAGCAACAAAUUCCUCGUAUUUAUCGUACAUUCGAUCGCGAUAAUUCCGGCACACUGUCUUUCGAUGAAUUCCUCAGUGCUGUGGUUAUGAUGAACCACAAUGUACCUCGCCGUCAACGAAUUAACUAUCUUAUUCAACAAAACAAUCAUAACGGACGUCAAAACGGUGAUGGUCGAAUUUCUCCGCAAUAUGGCCAUCAAGUUUUCCGACGUAUCAAUGAUUACUAUGGUUUACCUCAAGGUACCGAACAUCAAUGCUGGAAACAAGUUGACCGAAACAAUCGUGGCUAUGUUACUCAAGAUGAACUUAUCGAAUAUAUCAGUCAACAAGAUGCGUACAAUCGACGCUAUCAAUAUUAA